AUGAUCUCGGCUUCGGUCGCCACGAAUGGGCGCGGCAGCCGCGUGAAAAACAAGGCUAGAUCCUCCAAACCCUCCCUUUCCGCGGACAAACUCAGCCAGCAUCUCCUUGUGGAGGACCACGUCAAUGACUUCAACGACAUGUCCAUCCGACACAUCUGGCCACCACACCACGUGCGUUUCGUGAUGUGGUAUCACCUAACCACAAGUCUACCGUACGAAAGCAUCGCAGUCGCAUUCAAUGCGACUUUUGCCACAGAUGACGAGGCCGGACAAAUGGAAGCAAGGAACGCACGAAGGAUUGUCGAGUUGAUACAUCUGAGGUACAUACUGAUCAGGGACGAGUUGGCUGCGAGAGGUCAGUGGCCUCGACCGACUGAGCAGGGUUGGGCACCAUGUGAUCACGGUAUGUGCUGUGCGACACUCGCGGAAGUGGCUGGAAAGGGUAGGAUGGCUUCAGUUAUGAGGAGCGUUGACCUGAAGACGAGAAUGGCAUGGGAAUUGGCGGACAUGGCGAUGGGCCUUUGGGACGGCGACUGGGAGGGGAUUCUCCUGUGUCCUAGGAAGCAUCAGAACCCCAUUUCUGCUGGUGCUACAGUGGUCCAGCAGCACAGCAAUGCCCCGUCCUUGCCAAUUUCGAGCAAAAAAUCCCUUCCAUUGAGCAUUUCUUCAUUACGACGCAGUGUAAACUCUUCAGCCUGGGAAGCACCUUCGAAACAGCUCAAUCGGGUAUCGCAAAUACCGAUCUUUGAGGAGCAUAUCGGUUUGGAGCUGUCUUCGACAGAAGAGACCGACAUACCGGGAAAUCCGGGGACUUUCGAUCCCAAUUACCCCUCCGCAUUGUCCUCCGCUGCGGCGAAGAUGCGCUCAUCACAAAGGAAGUUGGAUCUGGCUCAACAGCCUCGACACAAUUCGAGCGAAAUGCCGUCUUUAUCAGGCAGGCUAAAUAACAGCUCGUUGAGAACCCGCCGAUUAAAUCGAGCACCGAUAUCUGAUGUUCAAGGAGAAAUGCAAUUGCUCCAAGACGAUCCAAACUUGGCUUCAAUAGAGUCGGCGGGCUCUACAAUGUCACGUUCAUCCGACACCCAUUCGAAAACUGAGCCAACCGUCACGCAGAUCAACCUGGUGCUGGGAAUGCCGAUGUCGAUUGAUAUAUCGGAAGUGUGCUCGUUCGUCCUCGAGCAAGCUUUCAAGGCCACAUACUGGUAUACUAUCCUCGACCCCUUUGAAAUUUUUGCAAAGAACCCGGAGAACUUGUCAAGACAUCUUGUCAUGCUUAGCGGAUGGCACUUUGUACAGUUUCUUUUCGCCAUAUUUGUCGCCAAUGUCGUCGUGGAGUAUGCCUUCCAAUAUUUGCGUCGGGUUCUGUGGCGUCGAUGGAUGAUCGAGCUCAGUCCACCACAUGCAUCAAAUAUGUCGGAAACAGUGUAUCUCUUGUAUCUGUGCAUCGCUUACCAGAUAGCGGUCUUCGUGUGGCCCAAGUGUACGCCACAAACACAGCAAGUCUUUUGA